UUAAAUUUGAUGGUAUAGAACGAACUUACCGAUUUACGAUUGGCGUAAAUUUUGUUUCGUUCCGUCAUUUAGUUUUCUGUCGACAUUUUGCUGUUUGUGACAGACUCCGCGUGUUCUGCCGGUCGGAAUAUUUAUUGGAAAAUCUUCUAAACACUGAAAAAUGUCGAUCCACAUCAAGGACUCUGAUGACCUGAAGAACAGGCUGGCUGAGGCCGGGGAGAAGCUGGUGGUGAUUGACUUCAUGGCCACCUGGUGCGGGCCCUGCAAGAUGAUCGGGCCCAAACUAGACGAGAUGGCCACGGAGAUGGCCGACUCUAUCGUCGUACUUAAGGUGGACGUGGACGAAUGCGAGGACAUCGCCACAGAGUACAACAUCAACUCCAUGCCCACAUUCGUGUUCGUCAAGAGCUCGAAGAAACUCGAAGAGUUCUCCGGCGCCAACGUCGAGAAGCUCAGGACCACCAUCAUCAAGCACAAGUAAACUAAAGUAGCGGGGACGUACGCUAUCCACACCCUGGCAGAUCACGCCACGACAUGCCACCUGAUAGAUGACGACUUUUGACGAGAUAUUACGACUUCUAACAUGAAGUUACGACCUGUGACACAAGUAAUGUGAAAUAGAGUUUGUGAGUUUGUUUUUUGGACGUGAUGACAUAUAUUGCCUGUUCACUGUAAGAAGCGGUACUUGACAACUUAGGACGAUAUGCGACGACCAGUUUUCUGUCAAAUUGUCGUUAAAAAGACUUAUGUCAGGUUGAUCAUUGGCUGGAAACAAGAUCACAACGCAUGACGUGGCGUGUUUUUAAUACAUAAGGGUGGGUUCUAGUUGAAAUGUGGUUAAAAUUAUACUUGUAUGAAUAUGAAGUGACUGUCAAAAUGAUUUGUAAAAGUUACUCCCCCCACUAACUGUUCCGUCCCAAAAGGCCCUAGCCUUCCCAAGGGUUAACAUUGAUUUCUUAUGUCGUAUUUAUAUGACAACCUAUUUAGAAAACAUCGAAUUAUUAUAGAACAGAUAUUUCUGUCUUUAUACAGAAUGCAUUUACGUUUUUACCAUCAUAAGGAAUGUAUCUAUUCCUUUAUUGUACUAGAGUAUCGAUCUAGAAGCCCCAAAAAUUAUGAAUUGUCACAAAUAAAUGAAAUAAUGUAAAUAUAAUACGAUUUGACAUCACAAAAGGAUUACCUGCCAGGGUACGUUAAAUAUAAUGAACAGUUGUUAACACGGUAAUAUUUUUUGCGCAUAAUAAGUUUAUUUGUCAUGUGAAGUCGAGUAUUAUUUAGAUAAUAUGGUUUUAAAGCCGCAAAGUGUCUUAAUAAUGUUAUACAGCGCUUGUAGUAGAUAUUCUGCACAAUUGAAUUGGAAGCGUACGCCCGUAGCAGUCGUUGUGUUAAUUUCUAUGUAUUUCCAUUUAUAUAUGUUACAAAGUAUUGUUAUUUCAAUAAAUAUCGUGAUAUAAUA